UCCGUCCCGGCACGCCAUCAAAAGCGAACCAGCGCUUCUCUUGUCCGCCGCCACCACCAGAUCCAUCCUCCUUCUCUCCCUCACCUUACCCUUGGAGCACGGCGGCGACCUCGCCCUGCUCGCUCGUCCCGAACUCCCCGCCCCACCGGCCAAGCCCCUCCCCGGCGCCAUGAAUCCCUCCGAUCUCCGCUUCACCGACCCCUCCUCCUACCACGGCAGGCGCAGCGACCUGGCCGUGGCUCCUAUGGUCGCCCCGGCGGUGAACCCUUAUGCCGCCGCGUACCCGCCCGUGCCCGCUGCUCCCGCGGCAUCAGCGGCCGGCGACUACCCGCGCUUCGGACAGGGUGGGAGAGGCCGUGGUGGAGGCGGUUGGAGUGGCAGAGGCAGCGGCGGUGGCGGUGGCUAUGGAGGUGGUGGUAGAGGAGGAGGCCGCGGGAGGGACGGGCUUGACUCGCUCGCCCUGCCCAAGCCGGACUUCCGGAGCCUUAUACCGUUUGAGAAGAACUUCUACGUGGAGUGCCCCGCCGUGCAGGCCAUGUCGGAGGCGGAGGUGGCGCAGUAUCGCCGACUCCGUGAUAUCACGGUCGAGGGCCGAGAUGUGCCCAAGCCGGUCCGGUACUUCCAGGAAAUCAGCUUCCCAGAUUACUGCAUGCAAGCGAUUGCCAAGUCCGGAUUUGUGGAGCCAACGCCUAUUCAGUCUCAAGGUUGGCCUAUGGCUCUGAUGGGUAGGGACCUGAUUGGUAUCGCACAAACAGGCUCAGGGAAAACACUAUCUUAUCUGCUACCUGCGUUGGUUCAUGUUGGUGCACAGCCUCGGCUAGAGCAAGGUGAUGGCCCUAUUGUAUUAAUCCUUGCCCCGACAAGAGAACUGGCUGUUCAAAUACAGGAAGAAUCUACAAAAUUUGGAUCAUAUUCAAGAACUAGAAGCACAUGUGUCUAUGGUGGUGCACCGAAGGGUCCACAAAUACGUGACCUUAGGCGAGGAGUUGAGAUUGUCAUUGCAACACCUGGUCGGUUGAUUGAUAUGCUGGAAGCUGGUCACACUAACCUACGUAGAGUGACAUACCUUGUGUUGGAUGAGGCAGACCGCAUGCUAGAUAUGGGUUUUGAGCCCCAAAUUCGAAAAAUAGUUGCACAGAUCCGCCCAGACCGGCAAACCUUGUAUUGGAGUGCCACAUGGCCUAGAGAAGUGGAAGCCUUAGCCAGACAAUUUUUGCAAAAUCCUUACAAGGUAAUCAUAGGAUCAUCUGAACUUAAAGCUAACCAUUCCAUACAACAAAUCAUUGAAGUUAUUUCAGAUCAUGAAAAGUAUCCCAGACUCAGUAAGCUCUUAUCUGAUCUAAUGGAUGGGAGCCGCAUCUUGAUAUUUUUCCAAACAAAAAAAGACUGCGAUAAGAUCACCCGUCAACUUAGAAUGGAUGGAUGGCCUGCACUAUCUAUACAUGGUGAUAAAGCUCAAUCUGAAAGGGACUAUGUUCUUGCAGAGUUUAAGAGUGGCAAGAGCCCCAUAAUGGCUGCCACAGAUGUAGCGGCACGUGGUCUUGAUGUCAAGGAUAUAAAGUGUGUGAUAAAUUAUGAUUUUCCAACAACUCUUGAAGAUUAUAUUCACAGGAUAGGUAGAACUGGCCGUGCUGGUGCUAGCGGAACUGCUUUUACUUUUUUCACACAUGCAAACGCAAAGUUCUCAAGGAAUCUUGUCAAGAUUCUGCGGGAAGCCAGCCAGGUUGUGAAUCCUGCACUUGAAUCUUUGUCCAAGUCUGCCAAUUCAAUGGGAGGAGGCAAUUUUCGGUCAAGGGGCAGAAGUGGGUUUGGUAACCGGGGUCAUAUAUCUGGAUCAAAUACCUUUCCUGUAGGAGGAAGAAGGACAUAUUGAUGGCUGCAAAAGAACCAUGGGACUUCUAUUUGUAUACAACAAGGCAUUAAAUGCAUUAUUUGGGAAAUUUCCAUGAAAUUCCCCCUACUACUAGGAUUGACGGCAAGUCAAUUUUUACUACUUGGCACCAGAGCUAUGAAUCUUCUCAUAUGAAAGAUCAACAUUUAUCAACAACUUAGCAUAUGCAUUCAAGUCAAGCUUCUCAUUUGGAGGACCAGGGCCUUUUAAAGUCGGUUAUACACUGCUGAGAUUUGACUGCUGCAAGCUAUUUAUUUAUUUUUGGGUAUAACAUGAGUUAAUGUUUGCCUGAUUUUCAACUGGCAAGGCAACCACUGUCACCUGUUUUUCUCAGGAGCGAGUGGAUGUAUACUGAAUUCGGACCUGAAAACGACUUACCUUCCUAUCUCUGUUGUUUGAUUAAACAUUAAAUAUUGUAUUUGGAUCCUAAAUGUGACGUGAAUUUAGUUUGUUGAUUUCACAUUUCUAGAUA